AUGGGUACCACUACCAAUGUACUCAUCUCUGGCGCCAGUCGAGGUAUCGGCAAAGGGUUCCUCGAGCACUACCUCCGCCGACCACACCACACUGUCAUCGCUGCUCUGCGUGACAUUACCAGCCCUAACGCCAAAGCACUCCUUGAACUACCAGCCGGCAAGGGCAGCAGAGUCAUCCUCGUCAAGAUCGAAGCCACCUCCACAACCGAUUCCUUCGACGCCGUAAACAAGCUUGAGGCCCAAGGCAUUACUAAGCUAGACGUCAUCAUCGCCAACGCCGCCAUUGUCGGCAACCAAGGUCCUGUCGAAUCCAUCGAUCCCAAGGCUGUGGCCGACGUGUAUGUCAUCAACGCAGCCGGUCCGGCGCUUCUCUUUAUGGGCCUGAAGUCUCUUCUGGAGAGGGCCGAGAACCCGAAGUGGAUGGCAAUGAGCUCGGCCGUUGCUUCAAUUGAGGACUAUCAGAAGUAUAUGUUCUUCAAGAUGUUCCCGUAUAAUGCUUCCAAGGCGGCUUUAAACCAUUUCACAAAGACAAUUCACGCAGAGUAUGAGAACAUUAUUGCGUUUGCUGUCUCUCCUGGCUUUGUCGAGACGGAGAUGGGAAAGAAUGCAGUCAAGGCUUACAAGAUGGAAAACCCUCCAUUCUCAGAUCUUGAUGAAGUGGCGAAGAAAAUUAUUGAACGGAUCGACACGGCCACCAGGGACAAUUACUCUGGACGUUUCAUCCACGCGGAUGGAACUCCGAUUCCGUGGUAA